ACUUCAAUGGGACAUCAUUCGAAUAGUUGGGUUCGUCCUUAACGGUGGUAAAAAUUGCAACAAGGAUCUUCGAGAAUCGUUUCACUGAGAAGCACGUAGAAUUUUAAUCGUCAGGAUGAAUAAGUUUGUGAUCUUUGCUAGCGUGUUUGGAGUGCUGCUGGUGGCAAAUGCAGUCCUUUCGGCUCCGGCUCCACAGGCGGAUGCGGCUCCAAGAUCCGCCGCUCAGGAUGUGCAAACCGUGCGAUACUACAGUGAAAAUAAUGGACUAGAUGGUUACAAGUUUACCUACGAGCUCAGCGACGGUCAGAUCCGAUCCGAGGUGGGAACCUACAAGGAUUCGAAGGACGCUGAUGGCAAUGACGUCAAGGUGCUGUUCGUGCAGGGUUCGUACUCAUUUGUCGGUAACGAUGGCCAGACCUACUGGGUGAACUACACCGCCGACGAGAAUGGAUACCACCCGAAGGUUGGAACUGGUCCAACUGGAGGAAUUCAGGCGGGACAGGAUGCUCCAAUCAGCAGUGCAUAAGACCGAUGAUGGAUGAGACGACUGCCACCACCCGUUUUAGAUGAUUCUAAGUCAUACUCCGCUGAGCCACAAUUGAGAUAAAAAUCGAGAAUUAAAUGAUAAAAAAAAAAACUAGCCACUAUCCUAUAGGAUGUAAUGUAAAUAUAAUACUGUAUACGUGAAACGCGUGUGUUCUCUCGUAGUAAUAAAAAGUCGAUUGAUGAGAAUGGAGAUUACAAACUGAA